UACAAAUAUUUUGACAUUCAGUGUACGUCAUAAAUAGGCUGUCGUAAUAUCCACAAAAAUGUCUCUGGGAAAGUUUUUAGCCCUCGACAAGCUAAGCAAUUUUUUUAACGUAAUUCGUCAGAACGGUGGUAUAAGAGCCUCUCUGUAUAAACUAUACAGGCAGGACGAUGUAAAGGACGGUGUUCUAGUUGGAGAAGACAAAUAUGGUAACAAAUACUAUGAGAACCCACGUUUCUUUUACAGCAGGAACAGAUGGGUCGAGUACUCGGACAAGUAUUACUUGAACUAUGAUGGAAGUCAGGUUCCCGCUGAAUGGUUUGGUUGGCUACACUACAAAACCGAUUUGCCUCCGCAUCAGGAUCCGAGUCGUCCCCACUACAAGUGGAUGGCGGACCACACCGAAAAUCUUUCUGGUACGACCGCCCAAUAUGUGCCGUACAGUACGACCCGACCCAAAGUGGAAGCCUGGGAGCCGAAACGCAAAGACAGUGUUUAAAAAUAAAUUCGCGCUAAAAUUUAUCUUGUAGAACACCUUUUUUUUGUAAAUGUCAGCUGUCAAAUACUGAUAUGUCAGUCAGUUUUUUUUUUUAAAUGUUGCUAUAAUAUUUAUAAAUGAAACUAAAGUAAUUUGUACAUGUUAGUUUUUAAGUAGAAAGUUGAAUAAAUAUAUGGAAUUCG